AUAAAGUAUACGCCAAAAUGAAUUCUCGAAAAUCGCGCCCGAUUAUGCAAGUAUUAUGAACACUUGCCGCAUCGGGUUAAAACUAUAAUAUUGUUGCAGUUUUGCUAGUUUCCAAAAAGCCAGAACGCUACAUUUGGCAAAACAAACUGGUCAAAGCACCAUGCGAAACGAUAGAAACGCACGAUAAGUUUUCAUCGGCGGUUUUUGACACGAUACAUGUUCAAUUUUGGGCAACUUAUAAGGACUUCGCGUACGAACUGUCCCUUUAAGCAGACUGCAAAAACAAUGAUUAAACUUGAGCAGUAAAUAUUUAGUCAUCUGUUAAAUAUGCGUUAAUACGAAAAUUCUGUUUAUCUGCAGUUCUACACCUUACCAAAGCAAAUUCGAGCCAGAAUUUCCCAAUGUUGCUACUCAGCAGUGUCACGUGCCAUUUGCGUAAAUGCAAAACGCCCCUUUUGACACGCGUUAAGAUGUCACUGAAGUACGAAUGCAGGUUUACUUUGCUUACCAAGAGCCAAAAUACGAAUCCUGAAUACAUACAGAAUUUCUGUUUUGGUUCCUGGUUAGAAUGCAUUAAAUCAUUUUUGAGGUCUACCUCUGUGCCUCUGACCUAAUGUGCACUCGCUCUAGUUGUAAUGCCUGCUAAAUGGCUGAAUUAGGCAAUGUAAAUGAUUAGCAGAUUUAGCAGCGCACGCAAUUGCCCAUCGUAAAUGCAAGGCUGUUUGUGGGCCUAGAGAACAUAGUCCACGUGAAAACUGAGAGCGGCGGCGGACCGCGACUCUGCCGGGAAAUGGAGGAGCCGCUGCCCCCGCGCGAGUCGGGCCGCUGGGUGGCCGAGCGCAGCCGCGAUGUGUUCGUUGAGGAGGAGGGCGUGCGCCGGGCGGCGGAGAUGCUGUACGCCCUGCGGGACAGCGAGGUGUUCACGCCGCAGGGCUGGAAGAAGAUGAACCCACUGGCCCCCGCCUUCGACUCUGACCUCCACAUCAACUGGGUCUUUGUGGUCGACACCAUGAACUUCUCCUUCUGGCCCGACCGCGAUGACCGGCAGUGCACGGUCACCUGCCGCGGCGCCACCUACAGCGGCUACAUGGCGCUCUGCGCCGCCGUUACCAGGGCGAUGGACGAGGGCGUGCCCAUCACGGACGCCGUGUACAUGGCGAGCGUGAGCUUGGAGGACCUGGGGAGGGUCCUGCGCUCGGACACGGCCACGCCCAUGCCCAUGCUGGCGGAGCGCCAUCGCGCGCUGAACGAGGGCGGGGCCGUCCUGCUGCGAUACGGCGGCUCCCUGCGCCGCUUCCUCAGCCACGGCGACGCCGACGCCCGGCGACUCAUCCGCCACAUCGUGGACAACUUGCCGUCGUACCGCGACGAGGCCGAGUACGAGGGUAAGAAGAUUGCCUUUUAUAAGAGAGCCCAGAUCCUGCUGGCUGAUUUCUGGGGGAUCAUGGAGGCGAGAGGAGAAGGAAGCAUCCCCAACCUGGACUACCUGACCAUGUUUGCGGAUUACAGGGUACCCCAGGCCCUGGUCUACCUGGGGGCACUGCGAUACUCAGACUCACUCAUGAAUACACUGAAAGAAGGAGUGCUUCUCCCCUCAGGAGAUCGCAGGGAGGUGGAGAUCCGCGGCUGCUCCAUCUGGUGUGUGGAGCGGAUGAAGGCGGAGCUGUGCAAGCUGGUGGAGCAGAGAGACGGACGGCCCUGUCACAUUAACUCCGCCCUCAUCGACUUCUACCUGUGGCCUUACGCCAAGGAGCACAGCCAGGAGAUGUCUCAUAUACCCAUACAUCACACACGCUGCAUAUAUUACUGACACACACCUAUACCUAUACACCACACACACUGCAUGUAUUACUGACACACCUAUAUCUAUACACCACACGCACAUUGCAUCUAUUACUGACACACCACUAUACACCACACACACACACACACACACACACCUGCACCUAUACACCACACACGCUAUAUCUAUUAAUGACCCACAUAUGCAGACGAAUGUCUGGUGCUCCAGCUUUACUUUUAAUAAAAUCAAACAUGUUAAAUAUGUAAAGAAUGGGUACAUUUUGUUAAUUAACAGUGUUCAAAUUAAUGUCUGUUAAAUCAGAUGCACCAGGCUACAGGGACAAUUUAAUGACAUCCAUAUUGCAUCAUGCUGCAGAUUUAGGGCCGGACUCAAGAAAUAAUUAAGAAUUUUAUCAUGAAAAUUGAGGUACAGCAAGCCUUAAUUAUGUAAUGGUUGAACUGAAUAAAUAUUAAAUAAUGUA